AACACAAAGCAAAAACCAGAAUGUGUCCAAAGGCUGUGGUAAAAACAAAGUCCAAACAGUUCCACCUUAUGGCAGUGGUUAGAUUGUUCUUGUUGGCCUAUCUAUUCAUUCAAAACACCAACCCUUAAACUCUCUAUCUAACCUACCAUUGCCAAAAGAAAAGGCAAAACUCAUUUAAGAAAAGAUAGGACAGAAAAAGAAACACCAACACCUGGCUCUUAGCACUUUUGAUGAGUAAUAUAGACUCCAUUUUGGUGAGAACUGAGAAGCCACCCAAAUCCUCUUCCAUUCCCUCUCCCUCUAGUGGCAACCUUCCAAACGAACAACUCCAAAUGGAAGUUUCAUGCAAGAUUCUCAGAACAUCAAUCCACAGUUUUCUCCGAAACUAUCAUUACUUCACCUCAACAGCAGCUUUUCUAGCAUUUCCUUUCUCAGCUUCCAUACUCCUCUCCCAAGCUUUAGUCCCCACCCCUUCAUCUCUUUUGCCUCAAAUCUACACUCGCUUAAGGAUUCUCUUUGAUGCUGCUGGCUUCCCUUCCUCUUCACAAUUCUUCACCAUUCUCAACCUCAAGGUUUCUCAAACAAUCACUUCUUCAAUCCUCACCCUUCCUUUCUCCCUCACCUUUCUCCUCAUUGCAAAAGCAUUCAUAAUCCAGGCUCUCAAUCACCACAAACCAACUUUGCACCCUUCCUUCAAUUCACUUCUAUCCCUUUACAAGCCCCUCCUCCAUACCUUCUUCUGCAACUGUUUCUUGAUUCUCUCAGCAAAUGCAACAUCUUUUGGUCUCAUGUUUUUGGCCUUCAGCUUCAUUGAAAGCUUUAGCUACUUUUCUUCCCCCGGUAACCUCAUCCUCUUCGUGUCAGUAUCUGGGGCUGUUCUCUUUUCUGUGAUUCUGGCCAAUGCUCUUGUCAUAUGCAACAUGGCGCUGGCUCUAUCUGGCAUGGAGGGACAUGGUGGCUACUUUGCAAUUCUGAAAGCUUGUCUUCUCUUAAGGGGAAGGACAUCAAUGGCUUUGUUCCUGGCACUUCCUGUUAAUGUGGCACUUGCAGCCAUUGAGGCCUUGUUCCAAUUCCGGAUUGUGAGGCCCUAUCAUGUUGCUGGAAUAGCAGGGCCUUGUGUGGCUUUGGAGGGGAUUUUCAUUGCUUACCUCUACUCAAUCUUCAUCAUCCUUGACACAAUUGUGAGCUGCAUAUUCUACAAAAGCGUUAAGACAGGAUUGUGGAUCCAUCAGGAGGACAAAUAUUUGUUCAGGAUUGGAUUCCCAGAUGAGGACCAGUAUGGUUACAUGAGCACCGAGGAACUACCUUAAGUAGCAUAUGGUGGAAAGUUAUUAGUUUGGUUAAGGUUUUUCUUCGCAUUUCAUGAAGGAGAAGGAUCAACCAGUUAUUUUAAACGAGUACAGAAGGAAUUUACAAUUCAUUGAUGUUGCUUGAAGGAAAUCAAGCAACAUUGAAGACAUAAAGAUUUUCAAUUGAGCGACCUCAGCUCAACUAUGUGCAAAGCCAAAGAAGUUAGAAUCUCAGACACCAUUUGAUAUAAAUGCAUUGCAAUUAUGUUAUAUUCACAGACCCUAUCUUUUGUUUUAAUCUCUUUUACAUUGUAGAUUAGCAACUAGCAAUCUCUUACAGUGUGAAUAAUACAAAUGCUUCUCUUUAA